UAAAAGAAGCAGUAAAUUAGAUAUUAGGUAAUUCAACAUCUGUGAAAUGCAUUUAUAAAUAAAUAAAUAAAUUUAUUAAUUUAUUAAUUUUGAGUAAUAUCAAAUUGUUUUAAAAAACUAUUUUAAUACAAAAUAGAUAAUAAUGACUUCUAUUCAAGAACGAGUGAUAUUCGCGAAAUUAGAAGCAAUGAAAGAUAUCAGAUCAAAAACAAUUCAGUUAGAAAAAUUGAAAUCACGUAUUACACGAGAAGUAGAGGCUACUGAUCAAGAAGAAAAAUGUCUUGCAGAAUAUAAACAAGAAAUGGAAUUAUUAUUACAAGAAAAAAUGGCACAUGUUGAAGAAUUACGACAAAUCCAUGCUGAUAUUAACGCUAUGGAAAGUGUCAUCAAACAGUCAGAGGAGUGUCGUUCACGAGCUUUAAAUUCAGCAUCGAGGUUACAUGAAGAAUAUGUACCAUUGAAAGCAGAAGUUGACCGUUUAAGACGAGAAUGCUUAGGAUUAGCAAGGUUGCCUGACUUACAUGAAGAGGAAGGUUCCAUUAUUAAACCAGAUCGUUUUGUAAACCAAUUUUAUCCACAAUCAAAAAUUCAACCAUCACCUUCAUUUACCGGAAAAGAAUGGAGUCGACCACCGCCUAAUAUGGGAACAAUUACACAUACGCUACCAUCACCAUUUUUACCGCCGCCACCACCGUCAACUCUGCGAUUAUUAUCGAUUAACAAACCAGAAACUAGUCGAGGAUCAUCAACAAUGGGUCUCGGACAUCCAGGCCCUCCACCACCUACAUUCAGGUCGGACUUUGUUGCUUUGAGACAACAACCGCCACCAAUGAAAUCAUGUCUAAGCUGUCAUCAACAAAUUCAUCGAAAUGCUCCAAUAUGUCCUUUAUGCAAAGCAAAAUCAAGAUCUCGUAAUCCAAAAAAACCGAAAAAGAAAUGAGAUAAAAUGUAAUUUUAAUUUUUUUUUACAAUUUAUUUUUCCUUUUUUGUACUUAAUAUAAAAAAUAUUUGUAUAAACUGUACAUUUGACAAACAUGUCCAGUUUAUAGAAACAAUAAUCUACCAAAGUAUGUUGAAUAUUUUGAAUUAGGUCGCUUUGUGAUCCGUUAAGGUGAUUCUAUAUAAAAACUCAAUACUGUAAUAUGAGAAGUUAAUUUUAUAUUGGUUAAUGUUUAAUGAUAUGGUUAAUGAUCAUGACGGCUCGAUAUGAUCUACGUUGGAGCUUCGAUUCGCUUUACAAUCGAGUCUGCUGU